GCAGGUCGCGCGUUAUAAAUAGAGGCUCCAGCCGGGGAAACCAAAAUGAGCCCCGACAACCAAGGGAUCCGCGUCCGGCCACCGCUCCAUGAUCUUUGUGAGAAAGAUGCUGCAGCAAGCUCUUAGAGUAUCCGGCCGGAGCGCCUUCCCCCUGGUCAAGUGGAUGGAGAGAUGGGCUGAGGGCGCAUCAGCAGGUCCGGAGGGCACCAAGCAGCAGGCGGUGAGGACGCUGGACUACAUGCCCGGACCGUCGUUCGCCAGCUUCGCCUGGGACUUGUUCGCCAAACGGGGGCUGUCACGGCUGCACGAGUUACAGCUGGAAGGAGUGCAGCGGUACGGCCCGAUGUGGAAGGCCAGCUUUGGCCCCAUCCUCACAGUUCACGUGGCUGACCCAGCGCUCAUCGAGCAGGUACUGAGGCAGGAGGGUCAGCACCCAAUGCGCUCUGACCUUUCCUCCUGGAAGGACUACAGGAAGCUCAGAGGACAUCACUACGGACUCCUGACAUCUGAGGGGGAGGAGUGGCAGGCGGUCAGAAGUCUCCUGGGGAAGCACAUGCUGCGGCCAAAGGCGGUGGAAGCCUAUGACAAAACCCUCAACAGCGUGGUCAGUGACCUCAUUGCCAAACUUCGCCUCAGCAGACGUCCUCAAGGCCUCGUCACUGAUAUCGCCAGCGAGUUCUAUCGCUUCGGCCUUGAGGGCAUUUCCUCUGUGUUGUUUGAAUCCAGAAUUGGUUGCCUGGAUCCGGUUGUUCCUGAAGAGACAGAGCGUUUCAUCCAGUCAAUCAACACCAUGUUUGUGAUGACGCUUCUUACAAUGGCCAUGCCAAGCUGGUUGCACCAGCUGUUCCCUAAACCCUGGAACAUCUUCUGUCAGUGCUGGGACUACAUGUUUGAUUUUGCAAAAGGUUACAUCGACCAGCGCUUGACAGCCGAAGCAGAGAAAGUUGCUCGUGGAGAGAAGGUGGAGGGUCGUUAUCUCACCUACUUCCUGUCCAAGACGGGUCUGCCCAUGAAGACUGUCUACAGCAACGUCACGGAGCUGCUUCUGGCAGGAGUCGACACGAUCUCCAGCACUAUGUCCUGGUCCUUGUAUGAGCUGUCCCGUCACCCUGAGGUGCAGGCCUCGCUCCGGGACGAGGUGUUGACUGUACUGGAGGGUCGAAGGAUACCGGAGGCGGCGGAUGUGGCUCGCAUGCCUCUCCUAAAAGCCACAGUCAAAGAAGUGCUUAGGUUGUACCCUGUUAUUCCUGCAAAUGCUAGAGUAAUUACAGAGAAAGACAUCCAGGUUGGAGGCUACCUCAUCCCUAAAAAUACUCUGAUCACCCUGUGCCACUUUGCAACAUCACGGGAUCCAGCCGUGUUUCCAAAUCCAGAUGAAUUCCAGCCUCAUCGAUGGUUGAACAAGGACAACACUCAUCACCCAUACGCCUCUGUACCGUUUGGGGUGGGAAAACGCAGCUGCAUAGGUCGUCGUAUUGCUGAGCUGGAGCUCUAUCUUGCUCUUGCAAGGAUCCUAAUAGAGUUUGAUGUGAAGCCAGAUCCAGAAGGGGUUUCCGUGAAGCCUAUGACACGGACGCUUCUAGUUCCUGAAAAUGUCAUUAGCCUCCAGUUUAUCGAACGGUGACCUACUCUCCUGAGCUGAUCAGUUACAUGAACAUGAACGUGAGUCUCUCAGCAGUGGUUUCUGGAGCACUAGCAGGCGGAGUUAUAACAGGAACCGUGAGCCUGCUGCACACAGUGGAUCAUGUCAGAGUGGAAGUUCAACCUUCGACACAUCAAAGGUCAAAGCCCUCCGUACCUUUAACCUCGUUUGUACAGGCUGACAUGUGGAGAAGGACAAAUGAACGAAGGAUGAGGAGUGGCGGCUCAUCACUCAGGUUUUCCACUGGGCGCGGUGUAACUCCAUAUUUAAUACUGUGUUUGUUUGUUUUUUUUUUAAAUAAAAAUGACCAUUAAGCACUUAUUUGCACAGAGGCCACAAGCAAGCCAUUGAUCUCUAACACAUUUCAACAGACUUUUAAUUUUAUCCGUAAAAUGAGUAAGACCAUUUUCCAUAUCAUGGAAUAUGUAUGCCAGUAUUUGAAGCUGAUAUUUCUCUGGAUCUGGUAACCCCUUCCUAGAUCUGAUUAUAAACUCUGAUCUUGUGCACUCUUAAAUACACACAGUAAAUUCACACAGUACACCAGUAUCAGCAAUUUCCUGUGUGUCCUGAUUAUGCAAACAUUUCAUUUCCUGUAAAUGUCAUUACAAUGUAUUGAGAGGCACGUUACAUUUUUCUCUGAGUCUGAGACAUACAGUGUGCUGUAAUUAUUCAAGAGUAUUAGCAGAGUCCCAGACUGGCACAUGGAGACACUGUUUCUAAUACCUCCAGCUCUUAUUUAGCUGCUGUGACAGAGUUGUGUAGAUAUGAUGUUCAAUAUAUUGAUCAAACUGUAUUUUAUAAGGUGCUUUUGGUAAAAAGCUUUUAGUGACUGGUUUCCUAUUAAAAAAAUGGCAGCUGUUGAAAUUAUUCCUGUAUAGGAAUAUACCACUGAAAUCUGAAAAGUAUAGGCCAUUCUGCACUCAGGCUUUGUAAAUCUGACUGUAUUGUCUUUAAAAUGUACAUAUAUGCAACAAUUCAUCAAUGUAGCACAAUGCAAUUUUAUCUGUCUUUAAUUUGUUUUAUUUUACAUCUAAACUUAUGAGUGAUAUACCGCCAUUUUGUAAACUUGGUAAGUUUCUGUAUUUAUUUUAAUUUAACACAUUUUGAAACAAUGUCUGUAAAUGUCAAUAAAAGGUUUCAAGUUGCA